AUGCAGCUUUGCAGGAAACGUAAAGCGCGAUGCGAUGGCGCGCGUCCAUCUUGCGGAAAAUGUGUCAGUUUGGGACGAGGAAGUAGUUGUGAGUAUGACGAUGAACUCGGCCAGGCGGAAACCCAGCGGCUUGAAGCCAGUAUUGCACGCUUGGAGGCACGGAUUAUUCAGCUCGGUGGGACAUUGCCGACAGCACCCGAAGUGAUCCUUCAUGAGCCGCAUCUGGAGUCGAUGCAAUCCGGAAGCUCAUUCUCCGUGUGGAAUAAUCACAGACAGAAUAAUAUGCAACCAACGGUACCCCUCCGAGUACCGCUGCCCGAUGGUUGGUGGCGGAGUGCCAUACCACCGCCACAAGUGACCAAGAUGUUGAUCGACGUCUUCUCCAGUCAUGCAUCUCAAUUGGGUUUCUUUCUCAGCGGAAGACGUCUCUUAACCUUCUUCCCGCCUGAUCCGCGUCGACCAUUGUCCACCAGUCUUCUCAAUGCGAUGCUUUUGUUCGGCAUUCACCUUUCCAACAUUCAAGUCUUGAAGGACCGGGAAGCUGUUUUUCUUGAACGCGCUCUUCAGCCGUCGAGCCCGGUGUCGCCAAUCCAGGCUAUUCAGAAUAUCCAAGCAGAAACACUUUUGGCGCAUUAUUUUCUGCGACAAGGCCGGUUUCUUGAAUCGAUGCACCGGAUCAACACUGCCGUAUCGCUCUCAAUUGGGUAUGGGCUUCAUAGACUCGAUGGGUCAAAUAAUUCGAACUCGUUACCCCCCACCAGGGAUGCGGUGGAACAAGGAGAGCGUAUCGAUGCCUUUUGGACUGUGAUGAUGUUCCACAAGAUCUUCGGCGUGAUUAUGCGCUGGCCUUCGAGUAUGUCAAAUAUUCUCGACGAACAAAUAGACGCACCUUGGCCCUUUGAAAUGGAAGUUUACGAAUCGGGCUUCGUUCCAUCCAAUCUACAACGAACGCAGACACUGAAAGCCUUCUUAUAUAAUCCCUCCAACUCUGGUGGGGAAGGGAAGGACUCUUCUCUGGCACAACGAGCUAAAGCGGCCGCACUAUUCGAGUCAGCGCAUCAUAUUGGCCAGAAUUACAAUCUCAACGAUGCCCAAGAAUACGCAGACUUUUUGCUAUUCGAACAUGGAUUGACCCAGUUCAUCCAGACGCUGAUGCCUGGACAGACACCAGCUUCGAAAGACAUCAUCCGCCAUCGUCUCGUUACUUUUACACUAUGCCAAGUUGCGCUUAUCCAACUUCUCACUCGAUUGGACACACGAGAGGCCAAUGUCAAAUGUCUGAAUGCUGCGCAAGCUGUGGUUGCCGCAAACCAGGCUAUUCCGAACAUUCAGGAAUGGAAAGUUAUCGAUGGAAUCAUGGGGGUGAGCAUUUUACUCGGCCUUGAGCUGUUUACUUCCAUGGAACCAGACAUUAUGGGUCUCUGUAGCCCAACUAUUCAUUCGAGCGCUGGUAGCAGCCAGAGUGCCCAAUAG